UGCAUCAUAUCUAAAUGUUCUCGAGAACGAAUUAUGGCAUUGUCUUUUAUCAGGGCUAAGGUGACACUGCACGGAAAUUUACACUUACGUUUCUUCGCCAGCGUAUCGACCAUGAAGAAAGGAUUGGUGCUUGGUAUUUACGAGACAGAGAAUGAAAACAAUAUCGCCCUUACUCCUACAGCAACCAAGUACAAUGAGUUAGUUAACGGCAGGCUGCUGAAAAACAUCUUGCUAGCGGGACCAAAGAUACCUAAAGGUCAUGCUAGAGUGUUUUGGGGUUUGGAUGAAACAGAUUACAGUGGAGUCGCAGUAGUUGGCUUGGGAAAGCAAGGUCUUGUUAUCAACAAACUUGAAGAAAUCCACGAAGGAAAGGAAAACGUGCGUGCUGCUGCAGCAGCGGGAUGUCGUGCAUUGGACGAUGUUGAGAUAAAGGAUAUUAAGCUGGAAACUCUGGGUGACGCGGAAGCUGCUGCCGAAGGUGCUGGUCUGUCGACAUGGCUUUAUCAAGGAUACAAAAAUGAAGAGAAAAGAAAGAAGUUACCAAAGAUCUCUUUGUAUGGAGAAGAAGGAGAGGCAGAAUGGCGAGCGGGUAUUGUCAAAGCCAAGGCACAGAAUUGGGCCCGUGAGCUCGCGGAUACGCCCGCGAAUCUGAUGACGCCCACGAUAUUCUCACAACGGGUCUCCGAAGUUCUGACACAUCUCGGAGUCGAUGUUCAGGUGCGUGACAGGAAAUGGGCCGAGCAGAAGAAAAUGGGCUCGUUUCUUAGCGUGGCGCGUGGUAGCAUCGAGCCGCCCAAAUUCCUUGAAAUCAAUUACAAAGGUGCCGAGAACUCUAACGAACCACCGUUGACGUUUGUAGGCAAGGGAGUCACUUUCGAUGCCGGUGGCAUCAGCCUUAAGCCGUCGUCAGAAAUGGACGAAAUGCGUGCCGAUAUGAGCGGCGCCGCUUGCGUGGCAGCCACCAUCCGAGCCGCAGCGGAACUGAAAAUCAAGAAAAAUAUCAUUGGAUUGAUCCCGCUCACGGAGAAUCUGCCGUCCGGACUGGCCACGAAGCCGGGAGACGUGGUGCGAGCGAUGAACGGCAAAACUAUCAUUGUGGACAAUACCGAUGCGGAAGGCAGAUUGAUUCUCGCUGACGCCCUUUGCUACGCGCAAGAAUUUAAUCCGAGAUUUAUUCUGGAUAUCGCUACAUUGACCGGUGCCAUGAGAGUCGCAUUGUCAAAUUCUGCAACUGGAGUAUUCACCAAUGAUAGCAAUCUUUAUGAAACUCUAAGAAAUGCUGGCGCGAUAACCGGUGAUCGAGUAUGGAGAUUCCCUCUGUGGCAACACUUCACUGAUGAAGUGACGAAAAAAGUCAAAGGUGCCGAUUUAAACAACAUCGCAAAAUGCAAAGGUGGUGGCUCUUGCACUGCCGCUGCUUUCUUGAGGGAAUUCGUCCCCAAGGAUGUAUCGUGGAUGCAUUUGGAUAUAGCUGGUGUCAUGGGUCCCGCUCACGAUGAGUUACCGUAUAUCCCAGCUGGAAUGACUGGACGUCCGACACGUACGCUUAUACAAUUUUUACAGAUGUCUUAAGCAGCAAUGGUCACUAUACAUAAUUUGCACAUCUUUUCGUAAUUAUAUUUUUCGGGUGGGUUUUGUAAUAUCAUAUAUAUAAGUAUAAUAAUUAUAAAAUGAACGUGUAUACACAUAAGAGUUUAUACACAUAAAACAUAUGUAUAUAGAGAUACACAUUACACAGGAGAAUUGCGCCUAAUAUGGAGAGGAUUGUAUUGGACAGAAGUCUUAGUCUCGUUUUAAUUUUUUAUUUUGAAGUUUUAAUUAUAUCUAAUUUUAACUGUUUAUGACUGUUUUAUUUUGUAGAUUAACUUCCCUGACCACUUACUUGCCCGAGUAUACUCGUUGGUAGUAAGAAAAAAAUUAACAUUUUUUUGAAGUCUCGUUGAUGAAAUAAAUUCACAGAGAAAUGGUUAAAAUGCAUAAUAAUUAUUCAAACUUCUCAAAUAAAACUAUUGUACCUCAACAUAUUAGACACUGCCUAUAUUUUCUAAGUUACCACGCAUUUCCUGUAUAUUUAAAAUAUAUACUCUGCAAGUAAUGUGUAUACAUGCGAUAAAAAAUAUUUGAAAUAGAAUGUCUUGUAAUAUUUGGA